UCUCAUGACAUCUCCCAGCAACUACUCCACUGCUCCAGUUUCUGAAUUCCUCCUCAUCUGCUUCCCUAACUACCAGAGUUGGCAGCACUGGCUGUCCCUGCCCCUCAGCCUCCUCUUCCUCUUGGCCAUGGGGGCCAAUGGUAUUCUUCUGAUCACCAUCUGGCUAGAGGCCUCUCUGCACGAGCCCGUGUACUACCUGCUCAGCCUCCUCUCUCUGCUGGACAUUGUGCUCUGCCUCACCGUCAUCCCCAAGGUCCUGGCCAUCUUCUGGUUUGACCUCAGGUCCAUCAGCUUCUCGGCCUGCUUCCUUCAAAUGUUUAUCAUGAACAGUUUCCUCCCCAUGGAGUCCUGCACAUUCAUGGUCAUGGCCUAUGACCGUUAUGUGGCCAUCUGCCACCCACUGCGAUAUCCAUCCAUCAUUACUAACCAAUUUGUGGCCAAAGCUAGUGUUUUCAUCGUCAUACGAAAUGCCCUUAUCACUGUACCCAUUCCUAUUCUCUCUGCCCGGCUUCAUUAUUGUGGAAAACAUGUCAUUGAGAACUGCAUUUGUGCCAACCUGUCCGUGUCCAGGCUCUCCUGUGACAAUUUCACCCUCAACAGAAUCUACCAGUUUGUGGCUGGUUGGACCUUACUGGGCUCAGAUUUCACCCUCAUCUUCCUCUCCUACACCUUCAUCCUAAGGACUGUGCUUAAAUUCAAGGCAGAAGGGGCUACAGUCAAAGCCCUGAGCACGUGUGGCUCCCACUUCAUCCUUAUCCUCUUCUUCAGCACCAUCCUGCUGGUUGUGGUGUUGACAAAUGUGUCCAGGAAGAGAGUCCCCAUGGACGUCCUGAUCUUGCUCAAUGUCCUUCAUCACCUCAUACCUCCUGCUUUGAACCCUAUUGUAUAUGGGUUUCGGACCAAAGAGUUAAAGCAGGGGUUUCAGAAGUUGCUACAGAGGAAGAUUUAA